GCCCUUUAAUUUUUCUCUAUCAAAAACUUCAUUUUUGUUUUUAUAUCCUUAAAUCAAUAAUACCCCACCGCCCCACCUCUCUCUCUCCACAUCCUCCAUUGUUGCCUUCCUCCUCCUUAAAAACAACCAUUUCAACAUCGAGAGAGGGACUUCUCUCUCUCUCCCAUGGCCGGCGUCGAAAUGUCUACUACACCUACUUCUCGUACCAAAGACUUCUUCGCUUCUCCUACUCUCUCUCUCAGUCUUGCUGGAAUAUUCCGCCACGCGAAUGCAGCAGGGGCGGCGGAGGUUCUUGCGAUGGAGGUGGAGGAAGGGGAAGAGGGGAGUGGAGGAGGAGGAAGAAGAGAAGGUACUGUUGAAAUUAGCAGCGAGAACUCAGGGCCCAUGAGAUCGAGAUCAGAGGAUGAGUUUGAAGGCGAAGGAGAACAUGACGAUGAUGAUGAUGCUGCUGGUGAUGGCAAUAACGUGAAGAAGAAGAAGAAGAGAAAGAAAUAUCACAGACACACCAUUGAGCAAAUCAGAGAAAUGGAAGCGUUCUUUAAAGAGUCCCCACAUCCUGAUGAGAAACAAAGACAACAACUAAGCAAGCAACUAGCACUUUCCCCCAGACAAGUCAAGUUUUGGUUCCAAAAUCGCAGAACUCAAAUCAAGGCUAUACAAGAGAGACAUGAGAACUCAUUAUUGAAAACAGAAAUGGAGAAGCUGAGAGAGGAAAAUAAGGCCAUGAGAGAGACCAUUAAUAAAGCUUGCUGCCCCAGCUGUGGAAUGGCUACCACUAGUUCAGAGACAGACACUUCCUUAACAACUGAGGAACAUCAUUUACGUAUUGAAAAUGCCAAACUCAAAGCUGAGGUAGAAAAACUUCGAGCGGCUCUAGGGAAGUAUCCUCCAGGUGGACCAUCGUCGUGCUCCGCCGGAAGUAGGCAGGAGAACAGAAGUUCAUUAGAUUUUUACACUGGAAUUUUCGGGCUAGAGAAGUCGAGAAUUAUGGAGGUUGUUAACCAAGCAAUGGAAGAGCUAAUAAAAAUGGCCACUGCCGGUGAGCCACUGUGGAUUAGGAGCGUUGAGACAGGUCGUGAAAUUCUUAACUACGAUGAGUACAUGAAGGAGUUUGGAGUUCAAAAUCCAAGCAGUGGGAGACCAAAGAGGUCCAUUGAAGCCUCCAGAGAGACUGGAGUUGUGUUCAUGGAUCUUCCAAGACUAGUUCAGAGUUUCAAUGAUGUGAAUCAAUGGAAGGAGAUGUUUCCAUGCUUGAUCUCAAAGGCAGCCACAGUUGAUGUCAUCUCCAAUGGAGAAGGUUUCAAUAAAAAUGGAGCAGUACAGUUGAUGUUUGCAGAGGUGCAAAUGCUCACACCCGUGGUGCCCACCAGAGAAAUAUAUUUUGUCCGAUAUUGCAAACAACUUAGUGCAGAGAAAUGGGCAAUUGUUGAUGUUUCUAUUGACAAUGUUGAAGAUAAUAUUGAUGCCUCACUUGUCAAGUGCAGAAAACGCCCAUCUGGCUGCAUAGUUGAGGACAAAUCUAAUGGUCACUGCAAGAAAUUGCAUUUUCAUUCAGUUCAGGCUUCAAUAUACAGUUCAUGGCAAUCUUCUCAGGUGACAUGGGUCGAGCACUUGGAAUGCCAGAAAAGCACAGUUCAUACCUUGUACCGAACCAUUGUGAAUAGUGGCCUAGCCUUUGGUGCAAGACACUGGACAGCAACAUUGCAACUCCAGUGUGAACGGAUUGUUUUCUUCAUGGCAACCAAUGUUCCAACAAAGGAUUCUACUGGUGUUGCAACCCUAGCUGGAAGGAAAAGCAUUCUGAAACUGGCUCAGAGAAUGACAUGGAGCUUUUGCCGUGCCAUUGGAGCAUCAAGCUACCAUUCAUGGAACAAAGUCACAAGCAAAACAGGAGAUGACAUAAGGGUUUCCUCCAGGAAAAACUUAAAUGAUCCCAGUGAACCCAUUGGAGUGAUCUUGUGUGCAGUUUCUUCUAUAUGGUUGCCAGUGUCUCCUUCUGUUCUAUUCGAUUUCCUGCGAGAUGAAACACACAAAACUGAGUGGGAUAUUAUGUCAAAUGGAGGUCUACUACAAACCAUUGCAAAUUUAGCCAAAGGACAAGAUAGAGGCAAUGCAGUCACCAUACAAACAAUGAAUUCCAAGGACAAUCCAACGUGGGUGAUCCAAGAUUGCUGCACAAAUGCUUAUGAAUCCACAGUAGUCUAUGCUCCUGUUGAUGUUAAUGGAAUGCAAUCUGUGAUUACUGGAUGUGAUUCAAGCAACGUAGCUGUAUUACCUUCAGGAUUUUCAAUUCUUCCUGAUGGACUGGAAUCAAGGCCAUUGGUGAUCAGUUCUAGGCAAGAGGAGAAGGGCACUGAAGGAGGAUCUCUAUUGACAAUGGCAGUUCAAAUCCUAACUAAUACCUCCCCCGCAGCCAAACUAAGCAUGGAAUAUGUGGAGUCUGUCAACACACUUAUGUCCUGCACUCUGCGAAAUAUAAAGACAAGCUUGCAAUGUGAAGAUAGUUGAUCACUCAUAGCUUUGUUAUGUAGACAACUGAUUAAUUGUAAAAUUUAUAGGUUCCUAGGUUUUCCUUCUUGGGCAAUUCUUGUCUACACCGGUUGUGUGUAUAUUCAUAGUGUAAAUAUAUGAUAUGAUAUUUUAUUUGGGUUUCA